UUAAUGUUUUAUUUGUUUCCCGCUGCGUGACUUUUCUCUCCACAGUUAUGUUUCUGUAGCUGAUAAAUCUCUCCAGUGUGAGCAGAUGAUCAUCAGCACAGAGUAACAGAAUGUUCUGUAGAUUUACUGUGUGAUGACUGAUUGUACAUCCUUAACUAGCUUUCCUUUGUUUAUGAACAGACACAUAAACUGUGUUAUGUACAGAGUAACAGUUCUAUUAUGCACAAAACAUUUACACUUUAUUAUCCACAGCGAAAGAUCAAAGGGAAUCCACAGAGGAGAGAGGAGCGAGACGUCUGUGUUUAUCAGACUGAUAGAAAAUGGACAGAAGAUGAGAGAAUGAAAAUGGAGAAAUCUGCUUUAUGUGUUGAAUAUAACAUAGUUGACAAACAAAUCUUUACUGAAUAUAAAAAGAAGAUCAGAAAACUGGAAGAAAUUGAAAAGGAGCUAAAAAACACUAAACUGGAACUGGACAGGACGUCUAAAUCACUGCAGCAUAAAGACCAACAGCUGGAGGAUUAUAAAAGACAAAUAGAGAAUAAAGAUACAGAACUGAGAAACAGAGAGAAAAUCAUCGAGGAGAAAGACGCACAACUCAAAGAUACAAAUACAACACUAGAGAAGACGAGUAAAGAGCUAGAGGAGAGAGACAGAGCUCUACAUAAGAGAGAUCAACAACUGAAACUGAAAGACACACAGAUACAGGAGACACAAAUACAAGUGGAGGAAAAGGACAACAGACUUGUGGAGAAGGAGAAAGAAUUAAAUAAGAAAAAUGAAGAGCUGAAGAUUCUAAAAGAACGUUUAGAGACUAAUGAGAAGACUCUUUCUGAGAGAGACGCAGUGUUAAUGGAAACAAAUAAUAAACUUCAACAUGCUACUGAACAAGUUAAAGAGAAAAUCUCACAACUGGAGAAUAUGAACAAACUGCUGAGUGAGAAAGAAACACAGCUGAAGAACACAGAUAAAGAGCGGGAAACCAGUAAAAACAAACUGGAGACACUGGCAUGGCAGCUGCAGGAUGAGAAGAGACAACUAGAGGAGAUGAUGAUCAUACUGGAGCAACAAAAAACUGAGCUAAUGGAGAGAGACAAACAGCUUCAGGAGAAAGACAGACUUCUAGAGGAGAAAACAAAGCAACUGCAGGAACAGACAGAUCCAGAAUCAUCAGCCCCCAUCAGGAGAAGAAACAGCAAAGUGUUACCACCAAGUAUGAGUGGAGAGACUCAGGACUCAGCAGCACCAAUCAGGAAAAGAAACAGUAUGGAGGCAAAACGUCCUACAUUGGGCGGAGAAUCGUCUAGGCCACAUUCUCCAGUGUCGGUUCCUGUAGCAGAACUGAGGCUGGUGCUGCUGGGGAGGACGGGGUCUGGGAAGAGUGCAGCAGGAAACACCAUCCUGAGCAGAGAGGAGAGGAACCAGGCUGCUGCAUGUACAGCUACAUCUACAUCCACCCAGCAGAGUGAGAGCACACAGGGUGAGGUGGCUGGGAGGAAGGUGACUGUGGUGGACACUCCUGACUGGUUCUCUCCUGGACUCUCUCUGGAGAAGCUGAGACAGGAUGUGGGACUCUGUGUCCAUCUGUCUGCUCCAGGACCCCACACCUUCCUCCUGGUCAUACCUGUAAAGCAGCCUACAGGGGAGGAGAGAGGGAUGCUGGAGAAAAUGGAGGAGAUUUUUGGAGAGAGAUGUUGGAGAAACACCAUGAUCAUAUUCAGUGUUACUGAUUAUGUUCAGAAGAACCACAUUGAGGAGUUCAUCCAAUCAGGAAACCAGGAGGUCCAGAGACUUGUAGAGAAAUGUGGGGACAGGUUUUACUGUCUCAACAUUAAGGAGAGUGGAGAUGGUUCUCAGGUCUCAGACCUGCUGAACAAGAUAGAGAAGAUGGUGGAAGGAAGCAGAGAGAAAUUCUACAGCAGUGAGAUCUACCUGGAGACAGAAUCUCAGAUUAGAGCGAUGGAGACUAAGAUCCUAAAGGAAAGAGAAGAGAAAAGGAUGAGAGAAGAGAUGGAAGUGAAAGGAAAAAUAUAUAAGGAGGUGCAGGACUCUCUGAGAAAAAUGGAAGGAAUAAUCCAGGAGCAUGAAGGAGGCAUCAGACAACUGAAUGACCGAACAAGUGAACUGGAGAGAAAGAUGAAAGAAGAGAGAGAUGAAGAGAAAAAGAGAAACCUUGAGAUGGAGUUAAAACGAGAGGUAGAGCGAAGGACAGAAAUGGAAAAAAAGCACCAACAGAAGAUGGAGAAGAUCAGGGAGGUGUAUGAAGGAGAGGUCAGGAUGGAGACAGAGAGAAACCUUAUGAAGAUCAUCCUGCCUGAACUCCAGAGAAACAUUUUGGCCUCAAAAACAAAGAUGCAGGAAGAGUUCAGCAGACAGAUGGAGGAGAAGAACAGAGAGCUGGAGACUCUUAAACAGAAACAUUUAGAUCUCACAGAGACUCACAAUGUACUUGAAGAGGUUUAUGAGAAAACUGUGAGAAGCAGCUCAGAGUCAGAGAGAGCAGCGGUAACAGGAGAAGCAUCGAAGGGAAUUUCUCAGAAAUUUAAAGAAUUCUUUCACUGAAUAACAGAGUUUAUAAAGCCGCAGACACUCACCCAGUCAGAGACGAAUGUCCUAUUCUCACGGGACUAGUAUUACCUGGGGACCUCGUGUGAUUUGUAAUAAUUGCGGAGGUUGUCUGUGAUCUUAGUUUUGUGUGAAUCGGCCAUGUCUGUAAUUUGUAAAGUAGAAAUUCCUCCGCAAAUGACCUACCAUAUUUCAGCAAACACUGAGGUCCUGUGAUAAUAUUAGUCCCGUCUGAAUCAGCAUGUCUGUGAUUUGGCCAGAAUUUGUUUAAGUCGUCAAUCAGUUUUUCAAAGUUUUUGUUGUCUUGCGUGCCUUUUUAUUUUUUAUCAAUCUUCCGUGAAGAAUUGAGGCUGCGUUGGAGUGUUUUGAGAGGAUUUUAUCAGAUCACUAUAUACCAUACAACAAUACAACAGAAACCACUCUGCUGUUUAUAUCAUACAGUUAGACCUGUAAUGACAUUUCCAAACAAUACCCAAUUCAAAAUAGUGCAUAAUUAAGUGAGGAGGUUUACGUCAUAAUUCUCAAGUUAUUAGAUUUUAACCCGGUGAAAUGUGAAUGACACAGGGCACGAUAAC